CAGUUUUCUAUUAAACAUCUUUCGAAAUCAGAAGACUUGCAAAUUUCACAGGAAUUACGUGCUGACGAUAACCAAGCUUUUCCAAUUAUUUUACUACCGGUGAUCAGAUACGUCUAAAAAAAAUGGCCCAAGUCGAAGUACCUGUUGAUGUCAAAGUCGAAGAGAAGAAAGGUGGAAUCAAGUUUGAGCUGAUCGAAAGUCCUGCCAACACCCCGCCACCAAAAACCAAAAGUUCCUCUCCAACCAGAACUAUUUCUUCCGAAAACAUUGAUGAGAAACUAAAGGCUGCUGCAGAAAGGAGACUGUCCUUAGAAGCUAAGAAGAUAAAGCAGCUGAGCAACCAACUAUCAAAAAUCGAACACGCCAUGAAGAAGAGGGACGAAAUAUCGAAGGAGUUCAGCGUACGUUCCAAGAAAGUCCUGGAGGAAAAGAUGGAGCAGUACUCAGAAAAGAAAGAAGCACACAUCUCAGAAGUCCUUUGUAAAUUGAAAAAACAAUUUGAAAACGGAGAGAAAACCACGCUCUGCUACCAUGUUGAGAAAGUUAAUAAAAAGACAUUACACGAUAGACCGUUGCCUACGAGAAUGGAGAGGCCGUAACUAGUCAGUUCUGUG